UAAGAAGCAGCUGAAUCUGAUGCCUUACUUCCUGUCUUCCAUUUUCAAAUCGUAAUUCAUAUGUUUGUAACUUGCAUCAUUCAACUCAUUCAGCAUAAAAACCAAGAUCUAAUUACCAAAAUUAUGCCACAAAAUGUCUCCAAGCAUCUCUUCAUUCUCAUUCCAUCUUCUGUUUUUCUCAUUUUAGUUUUCAAAUUAUCCUGUAAGAAAUAUUUGGAGUAAGGGCAGAUUGGUUGAGGGGAAAUGUCAUCACAACAGCAACCUCGGCCAUGGUUCCGAUUAGCUUCGAUGAUGCGGGCAACAGUACCGCCACCUACCCCCGCACCUCCUCCCCGACCACCACCACCUCCCACCACUGUUUUGCAGCCUCCGCCUCCUCGUCCACCAUUCAGGGCCCCUGUUAUAGCUCCCCCUCAGCCCACCACCACCCAACCUCCACCGCCCCCACCACCAGCGGUAACUCCUCCUCCGCCUCCUAAUCCACCACCACCUCAGCCUGCUGCUCCUGAAACACCUAUACAGUUACCUUCACGGUUGAAUUCGCCAGCUGCUCCGAGGUCCCCUAUUAUAUCCUCCCCUGCUCCAAGAUCCCCUGUUCCAAGGACCCCUGUUUUAUCCUCCCCUGCAUCAAGGUCUCCCGUCCGAGUUACAUCACCGCCGGCCGCCUCUGAACCGCCUUCUCAGCGGGAACAUAAUAAGCCCCAGUCUCCCAUCAUCACGAAUUCCACUCCUCCCCCGUUAUCAAAUUCAAAUACGCGUCCGAUUGUGUCACCCGCGCCAUCUCCAAAACCGAGUGCCGCAUUGGCCGCCACAGCUCCUCCUCCUCCAUCACCGCAGUUACCUUCUUCUCCGGCCACCAAAACACUGAUCCCUUCCAGAUCAGCUCCACAAACACCACCACCACAACCACCUUCGCCAGCCGCCCGUAAUGUCAGCACCGCCGUGGCAGCUAAUUCUUCCGGGGCCUCUCCUUUUAGGUCCAAGCCAAUAGUAUCAUCGCCGGAAGAAAUUAAACAAUGGGAUCAGAAAAAUCCACCUUAUCAUUCCCCACUGAGGUCUGGCCCUCCGUCUCCACUGAUUUUACCGCCGCCGGCUCAUCAAAAACCCGACGAUGGCGUUAAUUACUUGGAACCAAUCCCAGCUGAAGCCCAACAAAAAACCGUCCUGACCCAGAACAGAAUUCAAGAAAAACAGCCGAUUAUCAGUAAUACUACAUCGCAUAACCAUGGAAAUUUCCACACCAGCAACAAUCCAGGAGGAGGAGGAAGAGGAAUGGAAGUGAAAAAAGAAACCAAUAACAUGCUUUCCAAGAAAAGCACCAGCAGCUCUAAAGAUGAUCAGUUUGGGACGAGAAUCAUAACCCUCGCUGGAGAGAACAGAGGAGCUAUCAUGGAGCUCAGCCGCCAUGGCAAUUCUCGCAAGAAAGGGACAGGAACCAACAAAAAUGAUGAAUAUUCUGGCAAAAAUGAGUUCAGGAAAAUGCAGUCACAUCCACUACCUGAGGCCCCUGUUAAUGCAUACGUGAACAGCAAUGUGCAAGAAAUAAAUAAUUCAAUUCUCUACAAUUGUGCAUACACUAAUCGCAGCCCGGGCGUCCACCUGACUGUCUCCAGGAAUGCCAAGCCUUCUAAAAGACUCGACGAUUAACGAUUGAGUGGGAUACAAUGUUGGAGAAUUCUGGUUGAUUGCUGUUUCCGUUUCGGAUUUUCUCAGUCUUUCAGUACUAUAUGUGUUAAAUAAAUUUCCUCAUUUUGUUGAUCAGCAAAAAUAAUGUAAGUGUAAUGCGGCAAUUGUUUCGUUACUGUGAUUAUGUGUAUCUCCGAGGUUAAUGUGACAUUACUAUUUGAUGGAUUAUUGACUCUUCUUACCUUUCUAAAGUUGUGC